AAAACUUGCCUCUUUGUGAAGAUGAGCCCACAACUGUUUCCUCCUGAGAAAGUUUUCUGGACCAGGAAAAAGAUCUCUUAAAUCAUCACGACUGAGGGUGUGGAUUAAAACCUCAUCUAUGUUGGCAGCUGUAAAGAGAGGUCAAAUAGUAAUAAACCUUUUAGAGUUGAAAAACUUGGACCUUAUAAAUUUAAUGGUAUUCAACUUGACAGGGCAAAUAAAAUCCAAAUUGUCCUCUUACUGUUUUAUCUCCCAGCUACAAAUAAAUAUAAAUAGAAUAAAAUUUUGACAUUUGGGUGUUUUGAGAUUACAUAAAUAGUUAAAAUUCAAAUUUGAAACCAAUGUCAGCAUGGACAACUUUAUUUUAUUAAAGACACUUAAACUUGACAUACCAUUUAGAACUGAUACUGUAACAUCAUCUAGUCCAUCCAUGAUUUCCGUGUGUCUUCCUUUUAACUGCGCCUUUAUCUGAGGGCAUGAAAAAAAACACGACAUUAAGCCAAGGCUCAAAAAAUCAUGCUCAGAAGUAUGUCAGACCAUUCAAACAGUACAACACCUUAUGGACUUUUCAAAUACAACACAUGUAUUUUCCUUCUGUAUACAGUGGACCCAGAGUGAUUGACAGGAGCCUCAACUAGUGCAGAAACUAAACUCUCAGCAUUUUCCUCCACAGCCUGCAUAGGUCCCUCAGCUAAGACAUGCACACCUGCCUCUGAUCUGCAUCUGCUGUUCCUACGUUCAUUAGUACCAAGUCUGUCUGCAUGUCCUGCUAAUUACAUCAAACAUGUACAUAUUUUAUGUGGAAAAUUAUAUUCAAACUUUUAACACCAUUGGUUAGUCAUGGUAAACAAAAAAAAAAAUCGCAUUGUAACGUAAAUUGCAGGACCAAACCUGUUAGCUAAUAUUAGCUAAGCAAGCUUAGCUAGCUGGCUUUUAGGCUACAGUGGCAAAAAACUUGUGGACGUAUUAUGAGAACUGAUAGUCCAUCCAUGGGUAAACUGAUUGCUGGACCAGGCUGCUGUUUUCCCAGUAGUACAAAAUUUUUAAAUCAAAUGCUGUAAAAGUUCUCCUUACCUCAGCAGAAUCCAGUCCAAGCCUGCUUCUUCGCUCCCCUUCAAACGGUUACAGGACAGACGUGACCACAUGAGGGCAGUCAGGGGGGAGUAGCGCCUGUAUGAGCCCGCCAACAACAGCUCAAAAGUGAUGUGAAGCAGUAAGGAAGGAGCUGCUACAGCAAGUGAAAAUCUCGUCAGAUGUGCAGCUGCAUUUACCAUCAGUGUCCGGGAAAGAUGUCACCUAUCCCAGAGGGGUGUCAACAGUAUUGUCUCUGGAGUCCAGCAGUAUCAAACUGCUCUUCUCAGUACCAUGAAGGACACCAUGAAGUCGCUCUUUCAAAGACAUUCAGACAAUAUGGAGCAGCUACAAGAGGCAGUAUUGGCAGAACUGGAAAAUUUUCAAGAUCCUUUCUCCAUGAUGGCUUCCACAUACAUUCAGGACAGCACAAUCCAGAGGCUUUUUAACCCAGUCAUACCAGAGGAGGUAGUUAUGUCUCAAAAGGUUUGCAGAGUUAACAAAGGACAGUCAAGAGUAAUUGCCAUCAAAAACAGAAGUUUUUACUAUAUACCCCUUAUUAGGAGCCUUGAACAGUUGUUGUCCAAUUCCAGGAUUUUUGCCAUGAUCAACACCGCACCUCAGAGUUGCCACAAAGAUGGGUUUUUGUAUGACAUUAUUGAUGGGAGCAUUUAUAAAUCCCAUCCACUGUUUUCAAAAGAACCUUCUGCUUUACAGAUAAUUUUGUAUGCUGAUGAAAUAGAGAUAUGCAAUCCUCUUGGGUCACAUGCUUCAGUAAAUAAAUUAUUCAUGUUUUAUUAUACUUUAGGAAACAUAGACCCCAAGUUUAGGUCAAAGCUUGCUGCAAUCAGACUCCUUGCUAUAGCAAAAGCUGAUGAUAUUGACAAAUGUGGUGUUGAUUUUGUAUUACAAAGGAUUAAUGAAGACUUAAAGUUGCUCUAUAAUGGUGUCAAAAUCCAAACACAGCGUGGUAGCAUGGAUUUAUUUGGUGCUGUAGUUUCGGUCUGUGGUGACACACUUGCCCAACAUGAGCUUGCUGGUUUCAAGGAAGGAGUUGGUUUUGCAUAUAGUAAGUGUAGGCAUUGUGAAUGUACCUUUGAUGAAAUGCAAAUUAAUUUUAAUGAACUAAGUUUUACUAAAAGGACAAUGAAAAAACAUAUUAAGCAGUGCUGUGAAAUAGAAAAGGCUUGCACAGACUUCUUGAAAUCAUCUCUCAAAACCACCUAUGGUAUAAACAGAAGAAGCAAGCUGAUUGAUUUCCCAGCCUUUGACCUCAUUCAACAAACACCACAGGAUAUAAUGCACAUCAUUCUUGAGGGUGUUGCACCCAUGGAAAUUAAGUGUGUGCUAAAACACCUUGUUCUCUCUGGACAGAUGGAGUUGGAUGUGUUCAAUUCUGCCAUGCAGAGUUUUCCUUUGUCACCAAUAGACAUACGUGACAAACCCUGCCCUAUCAGUGUCACUACCUUGGCAUCUAAUGACAAUAAACUGAAACAGUCCUCGGGGCAAAUGCUGAUACUGUUGAAGAUCAUGCCUUUUCUGCUCAACAGUAUAGAGAAAAAUGAAUAUGUUCAGUUUGUUUUGGACUUAAUUAAGAUUGUUCAGAUACUCUUUGCCCCUAUUUUAUCUGUACAAAGUGUGUUCAGACUGAAGAAUAUGAUUGAACAGCAUUUGAAACAGUUUAAGAAACUUUUUCCUGAGAAUAAUAUAAUACCUAAGCAACAUUACCUGUUGCAUCUCCCUGCUCAGAUUCUUCAUCUGGGGCCUGUGAUAAGGCACAUGUGUAUGAGAUUCGAAUCAAAGCACUGUUUUUUUAAACAAUGGGCAUCUAAAUUGAACUUCAGAAAUGUCUGUAAGUCACUUGUGAACCAUAAUCAGCUUUCUGAAUGCUGUCAAAAUGAAUUGGGCACUGAGCAUCCAAUAUUUGUACAUGAGAAGGAAUUGGGUCCUGUCUCUGAAGUGACAAAUCCUGAGUAUAUUGCAGCAAAGAUAAGAGAUUUUUUGGGGAUAGGUGGCAUACAACAUGGAGUCAAAGUAAAAUGGCUUAUUCUCAAUGGGAACAAGUACAUAAGUGAAAAGUCUCUAAUAAUCACCAGUGUGAGUGACACAGUUCCUGUUUUUGGACUUAUUAAAAACAUUUUUGUGGUAGACAGUUCAUUAUACUGUUUUGAAUACCAGCUUUAUGAGACUGUGGGCUUUAAUACAGAUUUUUUAGCAUAUAAAAUUGUAGUUCCUAAUCUCGCCCAAGCAACAGAGUUUAUAGAUGCUGAAAAGCUAGUUGAUCCUACAUCAUAUUAUCCAGUCAGUUUCAAAUGCAGUAUGUAUGUUCUGACAAAAUAUAACCUUGAUGAUGUCAUUGCACUUAAAAGUUGAAAUGAAACAGGGGAAGAUGUGCUGUGAUUUAUUGCCUAUGUUGUGGCUGUGGAUUCAUACUACAUAAAAUGUUACACUGCAGCUUUGUAAAUAUUGUAAAUAAAUGUGUUAAUGAUGGGCCAACAAAAGCCUAAGCGACUUAUUACUGAGAGGCCUUAAAAUAAGCUUUCGCAUCUAAAAAUGGUUGUGAAAUAUACAAUGUGACCUCAAACAGUGUCUCAGUGAUAUAAUUUAGCCUAAAAUGCAUGUAAAGUAACUAGUUUAAGGAUUUAGUAACUAAGUAAGAAAUAAAAGUAAUAUAUUCUAAAAACAAGUUUUAUAAUCUUACACAUUCAGCUCCUGCUUAGUAUAUCAC